AAUUAAUGAUGGUUAAUUAGAGGGUUAUAGCUUCUUAUGUAUAACUUGUUCGUGAUCCACAGCCAUUUGUUCUGCCAUUGCUCUACGUGAAGUGAUUUAGACCAUACGAGUUUGUUGGUGAAGGAAUGCACAGUUCUUAUGGAAAAUAAUAAAGAGCACAGUUGAAUGGAUAUGCAAAGUGGCGGUGGACCGGCAAAAAUCCUCAAAAAGAGCCUUAUUUGGACCUUUGAGGCAUGACAUCUUUUACAAUCUCAUUACAAAAAAAUGAGUGUUAUGAAGCAACAUAUACCAUCCAACUUCCUUUGCAAUGCAGAACUUGAGGUGGACAAUAUCAGCAACUUACCAGCACAAAUUGUUGACAAGAUUCUGUCCCAUUUAUCACUUAGGGAUGCUGUGAGGACAAGUGUCUUGUCAACUAAAUGGAGAAACAAAUGGGUUACUCUUCCAAACCUUGUAUUUGACAAUCAAUCUCUUUUGAUCUCAUCCCAAGACCAAACCUUCAUAAAAAAUAAGAUAGUAAACAUUGUUGAUCAUGUUCUCUUACUUCAUUCUGGUCCCAUACACAAGUUCAAGCUUUCUCAUCGGGAUCUUCAAGGGGUGUGUGAUAUUGAUAGAUGGAUUCUCUUUCUAUCAAGGGGUGCUGUGAAGGAAUUUAUUCUGGAAAUAUGGAAAGGCCAACGCUACAAACUCCAUUCUUCUAUAUAUCUUUGUCAAAAGUUGAACCACUUGGAGCUUUUUAAUUGUCUUCUAAAACCACCUCUCACAUUCAGUGGUUUUAAAAGCUUGAAAAGUCUCGAUCUUCAGCACAUCACUAUGGAACAGGAUGCAUUUGAGCAACUCGUAUCGAGAUGCCAUUUACUUGAGCGGCUUACACUGAUGAAUUUUGAGGGUUUCUCCGAUCUUAAAAUCCAUGCACCGAAUCUCCUCUUCUUUGACGUUGGAGGCGUCUUUGAAGACAUCAAUUUCAUGAACACAUUCAAUCUUGCCAUCGUUUCUAUUGGGCUAUAUGUAAAUCCUGGAUUUGACAAAAAUCUUGCUCUAGGCAGUGCUGGAAAUUUGGUCAAGUUUUUUGCUCAUUUGCCUCGUCUUCAAAGGCUUGAAGUACAGAGCUUUUUCUUAAAGUAUCUGGCUGACAAUAAAGUGCCAGGAAGACUACCUACGCCUUGUGACGAGCUAAGUUUUCUUUCAAUACGCAUAAAUUUCAACCAUUUGGAUGAGUGUCUGGCAGCACUUUGCCUUCUCAGAAGUUCCCCUAACCUACAAGAGCUUGAGAUGUUGGCACGCACAGAAGAACAAAGUACUUUGAGAACAGCUGCCAGUGUUAUGGAAGAGAAUUACCAGAAUUGUAUGUUCAAUCAAUUGAGGCAUGUUAAGAUUGCUGGUAUAACUGGGCUUAAACAAGAGCUAAAUUUCAUCAAUUUUCUGCUUUCAAAUUCACCUGUUCUUGAAAGAAUGACAGUCAAGCCAGCUUCAGCUGACGGUGCAUGGGAGAUGCUAAAAGAGUUGCUUCGCUUCAGGAGAGCUUCUGUACAAGCUGAAAUUGUUUACAUUGACCCUUAAUUUAUAGCAUAUCUAAGCUGGGGAGCCUGUGGUCUAGUAAGAUCUAGGCUUAUUUACUAUAUUAGUGUAGCAUCUAGUGUAGAAACUAAGCUAGACCGUCUGCUGAAAUGGAAGCACCAAUGUGAU